AUGCGGUUAUGGUAUACGGAUGAGUAUAGGCAGAAUGAGCUACAGCAAUUAAUUACCGGGGCUCAUUUGUCCCUGUUGGGAACAAUGUUGCCGGCUAAAAAGCAAACUAUAAUGAUGCCGUCCGAGGGUAUUACCCUGACACAUGCCUACCCGGUGUUUCACGAUUAUGGGCGCAAACUUCAAACAAGGCACUUUAGAGGUAGUGAAGAAUUGCCAUUAAUAGUAGAUCUCAGUGAUAACGGGUCCGAUGCCCAGGCCCUGGCCUACAAGAAGUUGGACAGGGAGGUGAAGAUUAUGCCCAAUGAUAUAAUCACCACCGAAUGCACGUACGAUACUACCAUGGCCAACCAGACACUCAUGGCCGAUUCCUACUACGAUGUGAUCCAGGAGAUGUGCCUGACUGUAUUCAUGUAUUACCCUCGUACCUAUAGGGAGCAAGUGUUACCCAACACUUGUUUCAGUGGUUUUAAUGAGAGUACCAUGAUUAAAGCUACGGGUAUAGAUGAACACAUAACAGGGUAUUGGUAUAAAAGUCACCCGCGAGUAGGCGAUAGAAAAUUGGCGGACGUUUUAGUUGAAAAAAGCGACUGGCCAGAUGAUAUCGGGGACAUUUUGCAGUACUCCCCAAAACGGAUCAGGUGCAACAUGAUGGAAAGUUCAGACGAAAAUAUCCCGAUUGAAUACAUCAAUUAUCCGAACAAAUUUCUACCGGAAAAUUUAGUUGAGAAAUACGGGUCCCGUAGUAAAUACACUGAAUCCCAACGGGGACAGGACUCCAAUGGGGACAGAAAUCUUAGGAAAACUAAUGCCAUGUUUGAUGGCUUACAAGAUUCAUAUAGGGAUCGCAAUCAGGACUCGAGUAGUGGUAGGGAUAGGGACUCUGAAAGGGAGCGUAAUAGAGAUUCCCGAGGGAAUAGUGAUCGGAAUUCGAGUCGGGAAAGGGAUAGAGUCAGGGAUCGGGAUGAGUUUAGAAAUCAAUCCAGGGAUAGUGAAAAAAGUAGGGAUAACGACAGGAAACGGGAUUCAAGAGACCGCUGGACCUUUUGGAAACGCCAGGGUAUACCCAAUGACCUCACCUCCAGAGUUGGACAACCAUUUCACGUGACAGACACUGAGGCCCAUAAAAAAUAUGGCAAAGUUCUCGGUUUCUACGAGGGCUUGAAUCCCGUGCUAUCCAUAACUGAUCCCAAUUUAAUCCGCAAAAUACUGGUCACAGAGUUUCAUAACUUCGCUAACCAUAGGGAGUUUGCGGACGAGUCGGAGCCCAUACACACCGGUGUUUUCUUUGCCAAAUACCCAAAUUGGAAACGGAUCCGCGCGAUAUCAUCGCCGGCAUUUACAUCCGGCAAACUCCGGGCAAUGAAGUCUAUAUGCGAGACAACUAUGGAUCAACUGAUGGCCAAACUGGACACCAAAGCCAGGGAUCAACAGAUCAUAGACUUCCGGCAAUAUUCGGAUCAAUUGGCUUUCGAUGUCAUAGCAAAGGCUGCUUUCGGUGUAAACGCCGACACUAUUAACAAACCCGUCGAUAACCCGUUGUUUGAAGCGGUUAAGAGUCUGUUUCAAUGUGAUCAGGGUAUUGUCGAUAGUAUAGCCUACUUGGUGCCGGCGCUGCGAAAGUUCGUCAAAAUACCAUUUUUUAAUAUGAAGAGU